AUUGGGUCAACAAGGAAAUGGACACAUCGGCCAUUUUCAACCUCUCCUUCUCCGUCCCUAUGGCUCCAUUUUAAGUCCCUGUACAAUAUCGCUUCAACAGUAAACUGUGGUCGGCCAGUUACUUUCGAAAGGACAGCUUUGAAAUUGCCCUUUGCUUGGAUAGUAGGAAAUGGUUUUCUUGUGCUGGGCUCGACCUUCACCCGAGCAACAGAAAUCUUGUAUUAACAAGUCAGGCGCAUUCAAUUAUGACACCAAAUAUAAAGGAGCUACUUCAAAGCCUGUGUCUUGUAUCAAAGAAGACAAGGAGCUUUCCAAAGAUGGUUAUUUAAUAAACCAUGCAAGGGUUUUGAUCGGUUCUGGUUUUGAGACCUAUGAAAAGGGCAAAACAGCAUUGCAGAAUUGGAAGCAUUUUGGAUUAGAUUGGGCAUUUGUUGAUCCCAAAACUCCAAUUCAAAAUGGGGUUAAAUUCUGUGUUUGUCUCAAGGAAUUUUUACCAUGGGUCAUUAUGCCUCUCCAAGUGGUGUAUGUGAAUGAAAACACUAGGGCUAAAACUAAGAAGAGCUUAGCCUCUUUUGGUUUUGGUAGUGGCACAUUACAAGGUCACCUAUUGGCUGGGGAAGAACGGUUUACGAUCGAGCUGGACGAGAACGAUCAAGUGUGGUAUGAAGUACUUUCCUUCUCGAAGCCUGCUCACUUUCUGUCGAUUAUCGGUUAUCCUUAUGUUCAACUUAGGCAAAAAUAUUUUGCUCAUCAGUCUACCAAUGCUGUUCUGAAACAUGUGUAGCAACUCUAUGUAUAUAGAAUCAUAUAGCUACUUAGUAUGUUUGGUUGACUCGAGAAAUUGAAACCUUUGAACCUUAAGAGCCUCAUUCUUAGUAAGAUAUUUCUAUUUACAGAUA